AAAGAAGAAGAAGAAGAAAAAGAAGAAGAAGACAUAACAUUAUGGAGGCAGAGGAAGCAAGAAGCAGGGAAUGCCACCCUUUACUGAGAGGUGGAAGAAGAGUUCACAGCUACAGUCAUGGCCUCUCUUCAUCUCAGAUUGAAUCACUCUCUGCCAUUUGCGAGGCUUUCGUUCCUCCUGUACCUUCAGAAGAUCCCCUUCACGUUGGCAGCAAGGAAGUCCCCUCUACCAAGACCGUUCAAUCCUUCUUCAAUGCUUCUGCUUCUCAGAACCCAAUCCCUGAUGAGGUUGCAGAGAUUUUUGUGAAGCGGGGUUCAUCAGAUGCUGUAGGAUUAGUGAGAAUUGUGUUAUGGGUUCUAUCGACCAGAUUGGGGACUCUGUUUCUGUGUGGAAUGCUCUGUUUAGGAUCGAAAUGGCCAUUCAUUCACAAAUUCUCUGAAAUUUCAUUGCAAAAAAGAGAAUUGAUUCUGAAGAAAUGGUCAACAGAGAAGUUCCUCGUUCCUCUUCGAGGGGUUUUUUUGAUUACCAAGAUCUUCUGUCUCUACACAUUCUUCUCACGGACUGAUGAAAAAUCGAAAAACCCAGCUUGGGAUGCAAUGGGAUACCAACUAGAGACUGAUGAGAACUCGCGAAGAACCCAGAAGGGAAGACCCCUUGAGAAAGGAAUAGUUGAAACUAAGCAAGAAACUGAUUCAACCCUUAUUAGAUCACUCACAGAAAAAGGUUUGAAAGUUAUAGAAGAUCCUCAACAGAACCACUACAAUAUUGAAUGUGAUGUUGUCAUUAUUGGUUCUGGUUGUGGUGGAGGAGUUGCAGCUGCAGUUCUUGCAGCUUCUGGCCAAAAAGUCAUUGUCCUUGAGAAAGGGGACUAUUUUGUGCCUGAAGACUAUUCUUCUCUGGAGGCUCCCUCUAUGGAUCAGCUCUAUGAAAAAGGUGGGUUUUUAACAUCUGUUAAUGGGGAAAUGAUGAUAGUUGCAGGUUCAACAGUGGGUGGUGGUUCAGCUGUGAACUGGUCUGCUUGCAUCAAAACUCCUGAUUCUGUGCUCAAGGAAUGGGCUGUGGAUCACAAGCUUCCUAUCUUCGGAGAUUCCGACUAUCUCUCUGCCAUGGAUACCGUGUUUAGAAGGCUUGGUGUCACAGAGACUUGUACAAUGGAAGGAAUCCAGAAUCAAGCCCUCCGUAAGGGAUGCGACAAUAUCGGUCUGAAGGUUGAAUUUGUUCCUCGGAAUUCUUCAGAGAUUCAUUACUGUGGGGAUUGCUGUUUUGGGUGUAAAACAGGAGAAAAAAAGGGGACUGAUUCUACUUGGUUGGUGGAUGCUGUAGGUGAUGGUGCAGUGAUCUUAACUGGAUGCAAAGCCAAGAAGUUCAUAUUGGAAAGGAAUGAGCUUAAUGGAACUAAAAAGAUGAAGUGCUUGGGAGUAAUGGCCACAACAUUGAAUAAAAACAUCACCAAAGAGCUGCACAUCAAAGCUAAGGUAACAGUCUCAGCAUGUGGGUCACUCUUGACACCACCUCUAAUGAUCUCAAGUGGACUCAAGAACCCAAACAUUGGCAAGCAUCUUCGUCUCCACCCUGUUAUGAUGGGUUGGGGAUACUUUCCAGAGUCAAGUUCAGAUCUCAAAGGUAAAGCAUAUGAGGGUGGUAUAAUCACAUCUUUGCACAAGGGAGUGGGAGAGAAUUCUAAUAUUAUUAGAUACAUCAUUGAAACUCCUGCAUUGGGUCCUGCUUCAUUCGCUUCGUUGUUCCCUUGGUUGUCUGGACGCGAUAUGAAGGAGAGGUUGGUGAAGUAUGCAAGGACUUCUAACAUUUUUGCACUAGUCAGGGAUCAGGGUUCAGGGGAGGUGAAGGCUGAAGGAAGGAUAAAGUACUCACCCACUCAAUUGGACAAAGAGAACCUCACAGCAGGAUUGCGUCAAGCCCUGAGGAUUUUGAUUGCCGCUGGAGCUGUUGAGGUAGGUACCUUCAGGAAUGAUGGGCAGAGAAUCAAAUGUAAGGGGACAAAGGAGGAGGAAUUGGAGGAGUUUUUGGAUUCUGUUGCAGCAUUGGAAGGUCCAAUGGCAGGUAAAGAGCAUUGGAACACAUACUUUUCUGCCCAUCAGAUGGGGAGUUGUAGGAUGGGAGCUACUCCUGAAGAAGGAGCAAUUGACGAAAAUGGUGAGAGUUGGGAUGCAGAGGGUCUAUUUGUAUGUGAUGGAAGUGUUUUGCCCACUGCAGUUGGAGUCAAUCCCAUGAUCACCAUUGAAUCCAUUGCCUACUGUCUGUCCAAAAAGAUUGCCAAGUCUAUGAAGAAGGUCUAAUUAGUUCCUCCUGGGAAUAACUGACCUUUAUUUUUGGUUUUGUUUUUUGGUGAGAUUAUUACAAAUGUAAUAAUGCUUUAAGAAGUUAUCAGAACAGAUGUUCUAGUGGAAAUAAGAAGUAAUCAUGGUGUAUUCAGAUUGAUCACUUGGUUUAUUAGGUUCAUCUCAAUUCAUAAAUAAUUGUAACAAUGUGAAUGUAAGUCAUCUUCCUUCUUUUUCAGGUUUC